UGAGGGUUAGGCUCUAAGCCUGCAGAAGUCUUUCGGCCUCUAGCCCGCUUCCUGUUCUUUUUUCUCCUGUCCCCCACUCUCCUACCCAUUCCGUACUCUCUGUAGUCAGUAUCUCUCUGGCCUUAAUGAAAGGAAAUAAGCAAGAUGAGGUAUACAAACGGGUGCUGGGUAACCAGAUACCUGAACCUGAAAGGGUUGAAACAGUGGUACCACAAAGCCUUCUGUAUCACACGUGGUUUUGUCUGUCAUUACUUCGCUUCUGUCAGGCAAUAACAGGAAGAGCUUCUUUAGGGCUUUCCAAAACUCAUCUUCUUUUUAGUUGGCUAAAGGACUUUGAAUCAGAAAGUGUUUUUGGAUAGAGGGAGGAGCCUGUGAGCCAUUGAGGCAACCCCACAGAGCCAGGAGGUGGGGAUAAAUUCUUGGCUUUAACAUCAUCUACACGGCCUUAGCUUGAAGAUGAGAAAACUGAGGUCAGAAAGAUAAGCUGAUGGGCCCAAGCUAGAAGUGCAAGUAUCCUGAUGUUCAGGCAGAAUAUGAUUAGAAGAGCACGUCUUGUGGAUCCAGGCAAACCCAAUUUCACAUCCUGGAUCUCCAAGUAUCAGGUGGGUGAAUUUGGAUAAUUCUAACUGGUGUAAUAUAAAAAGGUCCAGAUUGCAAAGUUAUUUUGAGUUUCAAAAAGACAGAUUGAUGUUGUGUGGAAUGAAAAAAAUUUCCUUCUUGGGUGCUAUGGCUCUAAAGAAUGCUCAUCACUUUAGUGUUUAGAAUUUCAGGGCUGGAAUGACCCCGGUAAUCUCUAACUUCCUUUCAAAGAUGGAAACCCAGAGAGGUUAUAGGACAUGCCUAUGGUCAUAGAAGAAGUUAGUGGUAUAAUUCAGACUGGAAUUCCAUCCUUUCCAGAAAGUGACAUUUGUCAAUGACAAAAUAGGAGGAGGAAUCAAAUUGAACCGAAUACAGGUUUGAGAAUCUACCUAGUGGUAUCCAUUGAGCUGAUGAUGAGACUCAAAGGUGAAGUCAGGUGCCACCAGGAAGGUGGCAAUCCAGUAGAAGGAGAAUAUAACCACAUCACAAGUCUAACGAUGAUCCAGCACAAAAUAAAUACACUGAGCUGUGUGUCCAGAGGAAGGAGAAAUUAUGUCUGAGGUAGAAGACAUAGUGAAAUCUACAUAGUAGUUAAUAAAAAGAUAUCCUUCCAGCUCUUCCCGUCUGCCCCCUUAUUUAUUAAUAGAACAGGUAUUUCUUUAUCCACAUGUAUGUAUCAGAUGCUCUCUUAGUAGUUAAGGAGAAACUAAAGUACAGGUUUCCCUGUUAUCUCAAAGUAGAGCAUUGCUAGGAAAACAUUUGAUAGGCCGAAAUGACAUAAAAUGAAGAAGCAGUUAUGAAUUUACAUGGAAAAUUUGAGUUUUCUCAGACCCCAAAAUAACCUCUCUUAGGCCUUUCUGAUACCUAAGGACACAUCCUGCUAAUGAAUGCACAAAAUGAACAGAUAAAGCACGGAUGCCCAUAGACGUUGCUCAAGGCUACAGCCCCUUGACUCUGAGUGUAGUUCUGGGGAAGGAACGCCUCGGUGCUCUCCUUGCCGUUCCAUCCACGGUGCCUCUGUUCUGGCUGGCUGCAAACUAAAUGCUGAACGCUAUUUUCCCUUCUCGCCUUUUCCCCCAAAGAAAAAAAUCCUCUUUGGAUUUCUUUCAGGUAGCGAAAACAGGUACUAAUGUGGUCUUUUGUAAAAGCAAGGUGGCAUACCAUGAACUUUAGAAAAGCAGUUGAUACCUGAAUGCCUAAAAACUUUGUAAUUAACGAUAUGAGGGAGAUCUGCUGCAGAGGGGUUGCUGCAAUCAAUUUAGUGAUGAUUUCCCCAAGAACGAACCAAGUGCAGAAGACCCCCUAAUUGUCAGGACUGCAGGUAAGGUCCUGGUCCUAGGUGUCAGUGGGGCACCUGGCUGGACCUCUGAGGCUAUCCUUCAGCAGGUGCACUAACACUUUAAGGAGCUGGAAAGACGCAGUUCCUCCUUGGUCCCCGCUCCUCCUCCGCCCAGCCAAGGUCUGGCAUUGUGGGCCACGCCCCUUCGCGCUGGUUGGUCCUCACAGACAUGAUGAAACUUCCCGCAAGCAUUACAGGAGCGAGGCCCGUAUAAAGUCACAGGAAGCCCGCCGCCCCGCCCGCCAUCUGCAGCCUCUACCUGGCAUCUCCCCGCUGUUCUCUCCGUCCGAGCCCAGGUAAGCCAGGCUCUACCGCCCAGCGCAGCGCCCUCCCAGCGUGCCCCAGGGCCGCCCCUGGAAGGAAAGGGGGAGGGAAAGAGAGAGGAGGAGGUGACGCUGCGGCCUCGCUUGCACACCGGAGGGCAGAAGCGGAUGCAGGCGUCUGCCCGCGCUGCGGCUCCAGCCGGUAAAGGGGGCGGGGCUGAUUGUUGCGCACCUGGGAGCUAGCUGGGAGGAAAGACUAGGAUCUAGGUCUUCCGAGGGAGGGAUCAAGUGAAAGACGGCGGGGAGGCUGGGCUGCGGCCCACUUUGGCCCUUAUAAAUUCUUACAUUUUUUAUUAUUAUUAUUAUAUUGCGUGGAAGCCUGUGGAAAUUUUCGCAGUCCGGGCGCGCUGCGGUGGACCCGCCAGAGGGUGCACGUGGCUGGAGCUCAGUUGGAGUUUCGCGCAGUCUCUUGGUCCGGGUCUCCCAGCGUCCGUCAAAGCCUAAGGGUCUGCACUUAGCCCCUCACCUCUGGCUUCCCACACCUUUUGGCUCCCCUCUCCUUUCCCCAUCCUCCUACCCAGACUGCAAGACUCAACAAGUGAUUUGAUGAACCAACCCCACCUAGGAGAGAUCUGUUCAGGGCGACGGGCGGAGCGGUAUGGAAAAAAGCAAAAGAACUAACAUUUCUUUCUCAAUGGUAUCUAUUCUGUAGGGCUGGUUUCAGAUUAAUGUUAUUAUUUUGAAGAAAAAGACAGUUUUCUGCUGGGCCCUUGGCCUACAUUAUUCCUUCAUGGGCCAUUGUCCUGGGUGCCUUGACUUAACAAUUUAAAAGCACUCAUAACUCUUUUUUCCAUUGAUUGGCCACAUUACUGUAAGAUUAAUUAAAAGUAACUUAAGUCUUGAACUUGUGCAGGAGUUGGUUGCUGAUACCUUAAUGUAAAAUAAAACAAUAUGAUGAAGUUUUUAGUUGGUAAGCAGCAUGGAAAUCAAAUGCACGGAAGCAGCACUGUCCAAUUCAGUCCACAUGUAACUAUCAAGAACUUGAAAUGCUGACUUGCCCGAAUUCAUGUGUGUAAGUGUAAAACACACCAGAUGUUGACGACUUAAUAAAGGCAAUGUAAAGUAUCUUGUCAAUAAUUUGUUAUACUGAUUAUAUUGAAAUAGCUUUUUGGUGCAUUGUGUUAAAAUAUAUUUAAAGUUAUCUUCCCUUUUUCUCUUUACUUUUUUAAUGGGCCUACUGGUAUUUUUACGAUUCCAUAUUGGCUUACAUUUCUGGGCGGCACUGUUCUAAAAGUUUAUGAGGAAGUGCAGAAAAUUACAGGGAACAGGUCAUAGCAGUAGGAAAAAGCAUUGCAAGUAGGACCUUUGCACGUAAGCCCAAGUCCAACAAAAAUAGGUAAUAGUUUUAAUGUGCUCUUUCCUGCUGGGAAAGGUAAGUGUGCUUCACUAAUGUGUGUUUCCCUUCUUUCCCCUCUGUUUUAGCGCUUAGUGUGUGUUCCUUAUGCAGGUUUAAUAAUGGGAUUCGCUAAGUGGCAUUAGGAAGACUGGUAAAUGAUUCACUAAUGACCUCUUGUGAUUUUCAAAGCAAUUUCUCAGCCCAUUUUUAACUGGUAUAGAGGAAAAGAUACAUGGCUUAUCAGUAGUCAUCUCACUUAAAUCUAAGUGAAUUUCUCAAAUGUCUUAUUAGAGCCUAUUUGGCAAAGUGCAUGGAGGGGACUGCAUAGGACAUUUCCAAGUUGUUUGAGUCACUAUUAAUUUUUGUUAGUUUGAUGUGGUCUCAUUAGAAAGCUAAACAAAGCUUUGGUUCAUUUAGAUGCAAACACCCUGAGAGGAUUGCCCAAAGUGACUGAUGUAACUUGAAUAUAUGUAUAUAUUUUCUCGAGAAUUUUUGUCCCAAAUUAGGUUUGCUGCAAAUUUGCAGUAAAGAUACCCAAAUAAGUUUCUAAGUGUGAGAUAUUUUGGUAAAAUAACUGUUUUGAGCUGGCAGCAGCCAAAUAAAAUGGCCCUUUAUUUCACAGUUGAGAAUAUGAAGUUGCAAGGAAACGUCCGUAGGAAUUGUUUGCUUCUUGGCCUAUAGGGAUUGCCACGUUGUUUUUCAGAGAUGUUGGUGUUUGUGUCCUACCUGCUUUGCUUUCCUAUGAACCAAGACAACUUUAAGACAAAAUACUUGAGAACAUUUGUGUCAUUUAGGACAUUUGGAUGGUGGACAUUAUGUAUUUCUGUCAACUUAAAAUGCUUUUUGUUAUACAGCCAAGAUAUCUGAUAUCAGACAACAUGCCUUUCUUUUUUCUCUUUAGAAUUUCUUUCAUCACGUUUGAGUAAAUCACUUAGAGAAAGCCCAUAACCCCAUUGCACCAUGUGUGGGAUUUGGGCCCUCUUUGGCAGUGAUGACUGCCUUUCUGUGCAGUGCCUGAGUGCUAUGAAGAUUGCACACAGGGGUCCAGAUGCAUUUCGUUUUGAGAAUGUUAAUGGAUACACCAACUGCUGCUUUGGAUUUCAUCGGUUGGCAGUGGUUGAUCAGCUGUUUGGAAUGCAGCCAAUUCGAGUAAAGAAAUAUCCUUAUCUGUGGCUCUGUUACAACGGUGAAAUCUACAACCACAAGAAGCUGCAACAACAUUUUGAAUUUGAAUACCAGACCAAAGUGGAUGGUGAGAUAAUCCUUCACCUAUAUGACAAAGGAGGAAUUGAGCAAACAGUUAGUAUGUUGGAUGGGGUGUUUGCAUUCAUUUUACUGGAUACUGCCACUAAGAAAGUGUUCCUGGGCAGAGAUACUUACGGAGUCAGGCCUUUGUUUAAAGCAAUGACGGAAGAUGGAUUUUUGGCCGUGUGUUCAGAAGCUAAAGGCCUUGUUAACCUGAAGCACUCCACAACUCCUUUUUUAAAAGUGGAGCCUUUUCUCCCGGGACACUAUGAAGUUUUGGAUUUAAAGCCCAAUGGCAAAGUUGCCUCCGUGGAAAUGGUCAAAUACCAUCACUGUAGAGAUGAACCUCUGCAUGCCCUCUACGACAACGUGGAGAAACUGUUCCCAGGUUUUGAGAUAGAAACCGUGAAGAACAACCUGCGGAUCCUUUUUGACAAUGCCAUCAAGAAACGCUUGAUGACAGACCGAAGGAUUGGCUGCCUUUUAUCAGGGGGCUUAGAUUCCAGUUUGGUUGCUGCCACUCUGUUAAAGCAGCUAAAAGAGGCCCAUGUUCAGUACCCUCUCCAGACAUUUGCAAUUGGCAUGGAAGACAGUACUGAUUUACUGGCUGCUAGGAAGGUGGCAAAUCACAUUGGGAGUGAACACCAUGAAGUCCUCUUUAAUUCUGAGGAAGGCAUUCAGGUCUUGGAUGAAGUCAUAUUUUCCUUGGAAACUUAUGAUAUUACGACCGUUCGUGCUUCAGUAGGUAUGUACUUAGUUUCCAAGUACAUUCGUAAGAACACAGAUAGCGUGGUGAUCUUCUCCGGGGAAGGCUCAGAUGAGCUGACGCAGGGUUACAUAUAUUUCCACAAGGCUCCUUCUCCUGAAAAAGCCGAGGAGGAGAGUGAGAGGCUUCUGAAGGAACUCUACUUGUUCGAUGUGCUCCGGGCAGACCGCACCACUGCUGCCCACGGCCUUGAAUUGAGAGUCCCUUUCCUGGAUCAUCGAUUUUCUUCCUAUUACUUGUCUCUGCCACCAGAUAUGAGGAUUCCUAAGAAUGGGAUAGAAAAACAUCUCCUGAGAGAGACCUUUGAGGACUCCAAUCUGAUACCUAAAGACAUUCUCUGGCGGCCAAAAGAAGCCUUCAGUGAUGGAAUAACCUCAGUUAAGAAUUCCUGGUUUAGGAUUUUACAGGACUAUAUUGAACACCAGGUUGAUGAUGCAAUGAUGGCAGCAGCAGCCCAAAAAUUUCCCUUCAACACUCCUAAAACCAAAGAAGGCUAUUACUACCGUCAGAUCUUUGAGCGCCACUACCCCGGCCGGGCCGACUGGCUGACGCAUUACUGGAUGCCAAGGUGGAUCAACGCCACCGACCCUUCGGCCCGCACUCUGGCCCAUUACAAGGCAGCUGCCAAAGCCUAGGGGCCCUCUGCACUCAGCCCUGCAAGGACACGCUCCUCUUGUGAAGGGUUGGGGGCUCCAGGAUAGGAAGGGGAGCGGAAGCAUCAACCACUCAGGCCCGUUGGGCAUGAAAAAAAAUAAAAGUCUUAAAUCAGAA